AUGGCACGAUCAGUGGAAAUUCGCAAUCCGAAUAACAUCUUCACAGUUGUCAAAGAACAGAUCGGGCAAAUUGAAUCAAUGGCAGACACAUCCCAAAAGGUGCACCAACAAGAACAGGAGCAGAAGCAGAAGCAGCAGGAAAUGGAUAUACCCCUCCUAAAGCGAUGGAUCAAAUUCAUGCAGUCGAAUCCUGGAUUGGAGAAAUCUCUGCGCCUCUUACAGGCCUUUCUGCAGAUAGGGGCCGCGAUUGAAAUUGGGGUCGAUGAUGAGUUGGCCGGGCGGUUGUGGAGGGCUAGGGGGGAUGUUUCUGUUGCAAGGAGAUACUUCCGUUUCUUCAACUUCAUAGACUGUUUCAGUCGUGUGUAUGUGCUUCUGGGAUCUGGACCCUCUACCGGUAUGGUGACGAGGACGAUCGACUCGAUGAAAUGGACUUGUCUGGGGAUGUAUUUUCUCUUGGAGGAUUUUACCAUUCUACAUGCGAUGAAGCUCUAUACGCCGACCUGGACGAAGGAUAUCCUUCUCCACGCGAACCGGUUCUGGUUCUACGGUAUCUUGCUCUCCAUCAUGGGCGGGUUAUGGAUCCUUCUGUCUCCCUUGCUCUCUGGUACUGUCCCAGAAACCGCGGAGACAAAGAACGAGAGUAAUGGGGAAACAGAAAAGCCUCAAUCCAAGUCAUCUUCGUCUAAUGAAACUGGUAAAAUGGAAACAGGGACAAAUACACAGUCAAAGACUGCUGCAUGGUCUGUAUCGCCGCAGGCAAGACGUCUUGUCGUUGAUAGCUGCGAUCUUCUCAUUCCGGGUUCCUUUCUCGGUUGGAUUCCCGUGAGCAGUCUGGCGAUUGGAGUAACCACGGUUGUUAGUACUUUGGUUGCCAUGGUGGACAUCUGGGCGAAUGUCCAGGGAAGGGGUGGUAAUUUGUAA